GCCUAAUAAACACCUCAAUAUUACCAUUAGUAUUCUCAGAUGUUUGCUCGUCCCUUGAAACAUCAUUUUUCCAGUCUAUGUUCCCUCCUACACUAAUCAAAUCCUCAGUUUUCUCUUAUCGAAUCUGAGUAAGGACGAGCUCCACAUUAUCCGCAGCAAUUUGACUUCAAUUCUCGCUAAUCCCUAUCCUUUUCUUGGCCAUCCCGUAAUUUUUUUUAAUCCAAUCAUCCAAUUGAAAAACACUUCUGUAAUUCCAGAAGAAGGUUUCAAAACAGAGGACUAAAACUCCAUUUGAGCUUCUUCUGAAGGCACAGCUAUGGAAGCAAGAGGAUUCCAGCUACUAACUUACCAAUUUCACUCACCCUACCAGAUUACACACUUUGCUACUCCAUUCUUCAAUUUAUAUCCUUUAUUAAAGCAACAGUCUUUUACUUCUGCAGCACUGUUGAUGAGAUGUACUAAAAAUAAAGGGAAGCAAGACUUGAAAGAGUUACCUCCAGGAUUGCCACCAGAAUUUUAUGAUGAUGAUUGGCAGGCACAACAGCGUAAAAAGACCAAAGAACUUCAUAAAAGACGUUUGGAAGAGGAAGAAGAGGAGGAAAGGAAGGUCCAAGAGUACCGUGAAAUCGGAACUCGUUUGAAAGAGUUUCCAGAUGAAGAUGUUCGGAAUGCAAGAAAAUUAGUUUCUAGCUUUAUUAGAGCCGAAGAAGAUGUGGAAGAGAAAAUUGAGGAAGCUGCCGAGAGAGGAGAGCUUAAUGAACUCGUUUUGAUGGUCAUCUGGAAUCGACUUGAUCUUGCUAGAAGAGAUGAUGAAAAGGAUGCAAUCAGGAGUUUGGAUCUUCUGUACAGAAGGGUUGAGACGGAGAUUUUGAAACGAGAGGCCUCACCAGCCAUGAGAUUGCUCAACGAUCUUCUUAAUAUGCACGAUGGAUAUGACAAUGAAGGGUGGUUAAAGGAGUGCAAGAAGCUUAUGAUCGAGAGUUUCCCUCGGGAAGACCCUUUCAGCAUCAUUGUUCCUGCAGGAUUUGACAUAGAUAAGCAUCAAGGCCCUCUACGUCCACCAUUGGAGACUGAUGAGGUUCUUCUAAGGGUAGAUUUUGUAAGAGAGGUUGAUACUUUACUACAAGAAGUGCGAGCCGAACAGCAGGAAAUAGAGAAUUCACAAGGGCUUGACCCGGAAUCUGUCGCAGUUCGACUUAAGAACCAGGAGAAACAACGAACCAUUCGCCAAGUUAUAUCGCUACUAGAGCUCGCCAUCAACUUGCAAUGGUAAGGUCCUUGCUGAAGGUCAUAAAGAGUUGUAGAGUAGCUUGGUCAUACAGCAUUUUGUGUGUCCAAAUCAUCAUUUUGGUUAAGAAGGUUGAAAUUCCUUUGAGAAAGAAUAGAAUUUGUUAUUGCCUACUACCGUUGUCUCUAUGAGAAAACACUAUAUGACACAUAUAUCUAAGAAGUUUUUGAGUCUUUGGUGCAAACUCAGAGGGACAGAAAGAGUAUGUAUUAGUAGUCCAUAUCUGUUGUUUUUAAGUUUUGCAAUGGAAUUUGUUGUAUAUAAUUAGAGUUUAUGAAUCCUUUCCCUACAUGGUAAUGUUGUAGGGGGUUAUUUUGGAUCUAGAUUACUUGGAAAUUUGUUACUAUAUAAAAUAAUAUAUAAGUGGUUAUAUUUUCUCUAUCCCUUUGAUUUUAAUUUUU